UAAUUUACGUCUGCUUCGGUUCCACCAGUCCAGCAGCGUCGGUGGCACGCGCGUUGUUAUGAUUGACAGGAGUCAUGCUGAACUUUCGUUUUGCUUCUUACCGUUUAAAGAUUAGGACACCAUGUCUGAAAUUCUGCUGAAAGAGAUGGAGACCGUGUCUAUCGGUUCGGGGAAGUCGGAGGAUCGGAGGCACGGCGCUCGGAGCUUCCUUCUGGUGGAUGAACAAGAAAACCUGCAGGUCCAUGAUGAAGCUGACUUUGUAGAAAAGCUUGGCUGUGUGGAUGUUGCGGGGGUUAAAGUCCUCUCCAUCUUUGGCAACACUGGAGAUGGCAAGUCCCACACGCUGAACCACAUCCUGUUUGGUGGUGCCAGUGUGUUUUACACCUCCAAGUCCCCCAGCUCCUGCACAGUGGGAGUGUGGGCUGCGUACAAUCCCUCCCUCAGUCUGAUCGCUCUGGACACAGAAGGUCUGCUGGGAGCAGCAGCCAAACAGAACCAGAGAAUGCGUCUGCUGUUGAAGGUUCUGGCCAUUUCUGAUAUCGUGGUCUAUCGCACACGGGCUGAGCGGCUCCACAACGACAUGUUCCAGUUCCUGAGCAGCGCGUCAAGGGCCUACCUGAAGCACUUCACCCAUGAGCUGAAGGCCCUGUCCAGCCGCUGUGGUCUGGAUGGUCCUCUGUCCACUCUGGGGCCCGCCGUCAUGGUCUUUCAGGAAACGACACACACUCAGCUGCUGGGUCAUGAGGGGGCCGGCCACGCUGACACGCUCCUCCAGAGGCGUUUUCAUGACCUAGGUUUGGAGACAGAGGCCUUCAGCUCGAUCCAGUAUGUUGGGACCCAGACCAUCACGCCGCCCACCAACUACCGUGGACUGCUGGAAGCUGUCGAACAGCAAGUGAAGAACACUCACACGCGCUCUCCACGCCAGCCAGGGAUUGUAUUUCAGGCUCUGGAAGCUCUGAGCGAGCGCUUCUGUGGGGAACUAUCAGAUGACAAAAUGACUCUUUACUCCUUUUUCCCUGAUGAGUACUUCACCUGCUCCUCUGUGUGCCUCAGCUGCAAUAUCCGUUGUAAAAAAGGGAUGAAUCAUCUUCGAGACAGAGUCCCCCACAUGGCAGACGGACUCUGUCAGUACGCACAUCAGUACAGCAACAAGGUUCUCAUCUGUAAGCGCUGUUAUGAAGGAGGAAGAGAGGUGAUUGUUGUUCCUAAAACAUCAGCUUCUUCUGACAACCCCUGGUUAAGUCUGGCCAAGUACGCCUGGUCUGGAUAUGUGCUGGAGUGUGCUAGCUGUGGAGUCAUCUACCGCAGCAGGCAGUACUGGAUGGGAAACCAGGACCCUGAAAGCAGCGUGGUGCGUUCAGAGGUCAAACAUGUGUGGGAAGAUUCGGAUGCCUUCCUGACCAGCCACCAGAACGCUGCUCAGAGGGUUCUGGAUGGGAUGAACUUUGUGAUCCAGUCAGUGUCGGAGUACAGCACAGGUCCUACUAAAGCUGUCACUGCCUGGCUCACGGACCAGGUGGCUCCCCCCUACUGGAGACCCAAUGCAGAGAUCGCUGCCUGCCAUGGGUGCCAGAAGGAGUUUCAGGAGGCUGAGCGGAAGCAUCACUGCCGAUCGUGUGGGGAGGGAUUCUGUCAUCCCUGCUCCAGCCACAGGAUGCCGGUCCCAGAACGAGGCUGGGGCAGCAGUCCUGUCCGGGUGUGUCAGACCUGCUACCGUCAGGGGGGCCCGACUGAGUCCAACAGCCAGGUGAGUAAAGUGGAGCCUCGCGGUCUGAUAGCCCGCAGAGUGACGGAGGUGGCUCAGUCUACCCUCGACAUGGUCUCUAUGGCAGUGGACUACCCUCUGUGUUUUGUGAAGGAUGUGGCCCGACCAGACUACUGGGUCCCGGACCAGAACAUCACCCAGUGCCACGAGUGCUCCAGAGUGUUCACUCCAGCCAUGUCCAAGCACCACUGCAGGGCUUGUGGACAGGGAGUGUGUGGUCCCUGCUCCACACACAUCAAACCAGUGCCCUCCCGAGGCUGGGACCACCCCGUCAGAGUGUGUGACGCCUGCUUUUCCUGUACAGAUGGCAUGUAACCACCUCCUCCUCACACAGUCUUCCUAGUUGGUCCUCCUCUCUCAGCAGCAGCUCUCCGAACCUGGAAACCUGGGCUGGAUGGCAGAAGAGGACAGCACUGGAAUCAUCCCAGCUGCCUUUAACUGACUCUGGAUGUGUUCUGAGCCACAGGGCCCGCCAUUGAUACCAUUCUCUAGGGCCUGUCUGACUGGUAAAACUGGUUUAGGCAAACUGGACAACAUAUAUAGAAGUUUAAUCUUCUCACCUUUCAGACGAUGUCAUCAGAGAUCAAUCUCAGCUCUAAAAUCUCUUAUUUUAUUGUUGCACAUCUAUGCAGCAGGAGGCCUGGUUCCAGUUUGUGACAAUAUUCAGAACUCAGAUGGACUUGUGUGUGCUCCUGCGGUGUUUAGGAUGGGAACAGAGAAGGUCUGCAGCAGUGUGUGUGUGUGUGUGCGUGGGGGGGCUUCAUGGGUGUCUUCUUAACCACUCCUGUUGCCACUAAGCUUUUAUUUAAAGGAUUUCUUCAGAUAUGCUAAAACUGAAGUUCAUUUGUGCCUACAUAGGGAGAAAUGCCCUUUACGGUGCAGAUGGUGAAAGGGUUAGGAGAGUGAAACAGGUAAUUUAUCAUAUUUAGACAUUCCAGUCUUGUAGGAAUUUUCUUCUAACGAAGCUGCUGAUGGGACUUUAUUAAAUCGCCGGUUAUAAAGUGUAAGUAAAGGUGAUGUAAUUAGGGCACGUUCGGUGUUUUAGUUCCUGUUUCCUGUGUGGAAACUAACUAGCACUUUUAAAGGUUUUUCACUCGUAUUUUUCAGGUGUCAAUCUGGAAUUUAUUCUUCAUUCUGAAGCUUUAUUCAAUAAAGAAAUCUGAGUAUUUCUGUCUA